AUGGCUUCCUUGUCUUUGGAGUCUGCAGAACAAUCUGAGAACAGCCCAGAGGAGCCAACGGCCACGGAGGCCAAAGACGAGAACGAUCCGCUCCAAGUUUCGGAACAAUUACUCCAAAGUUUCCAGAAGUCGGCGCUGAGUUUUUCCACUGACCAAGUAUCAUGUCUGUGCGAGGCCCUUCUGCAGGCGGGCAAUGUGGAUCGCCUGUGGAGAUUUCUAUCCACCAUACCUCCUUCGUCCGAGCUGCUACGUGGCAACGAGACUCUGCUAAAGGCCCAGGCACUGGUGGCUUUCCACCGGGAGGAAUUCAAAGAGCUGUACGCCAUCCUGGAGAGCCACGACUUCCACCCGUCUAACCAUGGGUUCCUGCAGGACCUGUACCUCAAAGCCCGCUACAAGGAGGCGGAGAGGUCCCGGGGCCGCAGCCUGGGCGCAGUGGACAAGUACCGGCUCAGGAAGAAGUUCCCCCUGCCCAAGACCAUCUGGGACGGAGAGGAGACAGUGUACUGCUUCAAGGAAAAGUCCCGCAAUGCCUUGAAGGAGUGCUACAAGAGCAACAGGUACCCGACUCCGGACGAGAAGAAGAACCUGGCCAAAGUCACCGGACUGUCGCUCACACAAGUCAGCAACUGGUUCAAGAACCGCAGGCAGAGAGACAGAACCCCGUCCGGAACCCACAGCAAAAGCGAGUCUGAUGGGAACCACAGCACUGAGGAUGAGGCGAGUCCGAUGGAUGACACCCCCGACAAACCAGAGGAAACUUCUGGCUCCACAGCUUCCAUCAUCUCUGUCUCUGCAGUCCCUUGUAGCACAGGAGGCCAGCUCAUCCUCAACGGGUCCAGCGGUUUCCUCACAGCCUCUCAGCCGUUACUACUCAAUGGAAACUCCCUCAUCUCCAGUGCUGGUGCUGGCGUCAUAAUUAACGGGCUAAGCUUGGGCGAUUGCCAGGCAGUCACACUGAGUCCCGUUCCAACCAACUCUUCUUUAAUACUGAAUGGGGCUCAAGUAAUAACCAAACCUGGUAUCAGUGUGCAACAGCCGCAGCAAGCAGUUUCUGUGGCAGAGCAAGGAGUGUCAGCCAUGGAGGCCAAGCCAAACAGUCUUCCAGCAGUUGUUCUUAGCACUAACACCACACCAGUCUCAAACCCUUCAUCUGUCAUUUCUCUUCCUCUGCAAAUCAAGACAGAAAGAGGCAAGGCAAUGGAUUUCAUCAGUGUCCCUGAAACAGAAAGUAGCAGCCAGACAGUAUCCUCCUCUUCUUCAUCUUUAUCGCCAUCCUCACCAACUCUGUCCUCCCCAACCAGUCUCCCUUCACUAGUCUUAACACAAAACUCCCAACACCAGGAGCCUCUCACUCUCCCAGCCUCUAUCUCUGGUGCUAAUGUGUCUCUUCCCAGCCAGCAAGAGGAGUAUGUUGUCGGUGCCACUGCUGGCUCCCAACUAAACCCUUCUAUCUCUGUGAUUUCCUCCAGCAACUCCACCCCUCAGGUCAUCUCUCUGCCCCAAGUUGUGCCUUCCAUCCAGGGAAAAGCAGUAUCCCAUCUGGUCCAGCAGUCUUCAGGAGCUCAGGUCUCCCAGUGCCCUCAGUUGGUCCCAGUAUCCCCCCUCACUUCCCCAACUCCUCAGUUUCAGAGCCUGCAGACUCUGAACCCAGGCAACAGACUAGCACAACAGCAGCAGGAUGCUUCAACAACUAUGUCUGAAUGUGCCACAACCAUAGUUUCCAUCUCACAGCUUAACAGCAGUCAGCUCCCACAGCCGAUGCUGCAACAACUCGGGGAGCAAACCACAAACUCUACACCCAGCAAAAUCCAAACCCCACAGGUUAUUUCCAUCGCUUCUCCAACACAAGUAGUUCCAGUCCCCCAGGCCAAAGGCAGUACACCGACACAGUUAGUCCCACUGUCCAUGCCUCAGCUGGUCCCAGUCUGCUCCAUCCAAACAUCCUCCACUAUGUCUUUCCCCCAAGUGGUACCUGCCAGCCCAUCUCUCUCCAUCCCCUCUGCUGGAGUGCCCUUACAGAUCCUGACUUCUCCUACUGCUGGAGGAGCUGCACAGGGUCCUGUCAGGAUAAACCAGCUGAGGCCCAUUCCGACUGUGGGUUCCCCAACCAGUGUGGCCCCUGCGAUGCAGCUCCUAAACUCUGGAAUCAUUCAGCUACCUUCUGCUCCUCCAGGUAACCUCCUCCUUGGUGGAAGCCCCUACCUGAGUGUCCAGCAAGGCAAGCUGAUUCUGACCAUCCCAGCAGGCAUUCAGCUCACCAGUUUGCCCCUGAAACCAGUCCCAGAUGCUUCACCCAUCUCUGCAAACGGAGCCAGUCCCAUUCUCAACCCCUCUACCCCUCCUGUGACCUCCCAGUCUUUAACCACCUCAGGUUCAACCCCAAGUGGCCUCACGUCGUCCCCCCUAAACUUCAUCAACUCGUCUCCACCCUAUUGUCCUCCAGAGACUGCGAUCGCAACUAACCAGACGCCUGCCGUCCCGUCCCCUCAUACGCUGGACCAUUUAGUCACCCCCACAACACUGAACACUCUCACUCCAGAAAGCAUGCUCACCCUCAGUCCCAUGUACAGUGGAGUGACACCCAAUGUCCAGUUGUCCCAGCCAGCGUGGAGCCCGGUGCCCCUCUCCACUUCAGGCAGUUUAACUCUGUUUGAUGUCCGCAGCAAGGGGGACCUACCCGUAGAUCCGGCUUUGUUAGGCCUACCUGGAGGAGAGUCGCUGCUUCUGGGAAGCCCCUCGCCAGAGCAGGAUGUGGAAGCAAGCUCACCACUGGGGAAUCCAGAGGAGAUGGAUGGAGACUCCAAGAUCCUAACUCAGCUGCAGUCUGUCCCUGUGGAUGAUGAGCUGGGCUUGUAGUCUGUUUACAGUGUGGGCUGGAAACCCCAUGUCCCUGACAACGAAAAGCAAUGAAACGUACACUAGACUUUGCUGUUUGUUUUGAAAUGACCUGAAAUAUUCAAUUUGUCAUUGUCAGUCCUUUAAGACACGUCUUCUACAACACGUUUUAGGAUUUGACAUGUACAACAAUGCUUUCUUAUCCCAUCAUGGUCCUAGCUGGCACUUUGGAGUCCUCUACAGCUCUAUUAUAUAUGGAUGGGUAGGAUCAUUUGGAAUACUCACCUGCUGGUUCAACAUCAGAUUAUUCUUCUGGAUUUUGAGUGCAUUAAUUUUGUAUCUCAGAGUUUUUAAUUAAAUUUGUUAGUGCCUUACUGGUUAUAUCAGAUCCAGACAGAAGAAGAAAAAAUGUGGAUUAGUCUGCUUGGCCCACUUGCAGGUUCUAGUGUAAAAAAAGAAAAGAAAAAAGA